AUGGCUCCACACCUGGCGUUGCCCGGUGAGGACGUCAUUUCCCGGACCAUCGAGAGCCUGAGGAGAGUUGCAGCACAGGUCACAGAAGACGAGGUCACUGCCAUUGUGGACGGCUUCGAGAUCACUUCCGGCACUUACGAAAUGGAUGCCAUUCACCGUGCUGUGGAGGAGCACGGCUGUCAUGCAGUGAAUUUGAGCAAGAAUUCAGAACGGCGCUUUGGUGAACAGUAUGCCGGGAGUAGGUUUGACGAGGCCUUCCUCCGAGUCGUUGCGUCUGUGGGCCAGCCGGGAUCAGGUGCGCUGUUGUGGCUGUUGCAAAUUGAAGUGCAAUAUGAGAAGCAGGUGGGGCUCACAUGCACGCUCAAACUGAGCCAGGAACACACGAUUGAGGAACAGAACUCCAUGAAGGAGGAGUUUGGCGACCUGAAGUCCAGACUGGAGGCGGGUGCGGUGCCACGUUGCCUGACAGUAACAUGA